GGACAUUUAAAAGAAACUUAUAAGUUCGCGUAAGCGCUUAUCAUUCAAUUCACGAAAGCCUUAUCAAUUCGGAGGUGUGAGCUUCUUCUACUACACCCUGGAUUAUUAUCUUUCUUUAAAGCCGUGGUCGGCAACUAGAUAGGUUCAUAUUUUUACUGCUAAAGCUAUAUGCAAUUGGAACUUGAAAUUUUUUCAUCAUGGGUGAUAUCAUCGCAGAUCCCUCAACUACUGCCCGGUGGUCAGCUGCUAUGCAAACUGACAAAAUAGUGCCACAGUGGAGUUUGAGACAAAGCUGCCUGUGCACUGUUAAAGAUGGUUUAUUGGGUUGGAGCAGAGGCCGAAGGAACAGUGUUACUCAUAAUUCCAGCACCGAAAAUCCUUUCCUGGAUUAUCCCAUAGAUUUAAAACAUGAACUCCUCAAUCAUUUGUUGCGUCUGAAACCUACAGGUCGAGAGUUGUUGAAAGCUGCAGAAUUACUCCUUUCUUCAGGAAUACCUUCUUUUGACUUGAGCUGCAUGGACGAUUGCAAAUUUUCCGAUGUUCAAAAUAUACUUCAACUUCUAAUUCGAACUGGUAAUUGCUUGCAGGAGCUUAUUCUUGCUGGACAGUGGCUGUACCAUGCAUCCAGUGCACCUUUGGUGCAAGACAUGCUGCGAUCCUGUCCUAACCUCCGUUACAUAAAACUGCAACAAACAUCCCAUUCAGCUCAUGAGGUGGAAAUAGCCCUGAAGCAUUGUCCUAAGUUGACUAGAUUGGAAAUCAUGCAUCCUUCUCUGGAUGAAGAGGACAUCGACUCUUUGUGUGAAGUCAUGUUGCGUGAUCCUGAUUACAAACAUGCCAAAGAACUGAUUAAAGAAAUUAAACUGCCUUCUUCAGUUAAUGGAAAAGGUGUGCUCAAGCUUAUGGAAUCAUUCCCCAACUUGGAAUACAUUUCUUGUACUUACCUCGAUCAAAUUAUUGAUGAACUAGAAGAAAAUUACAAUACCCCGUAUUGGCGGGAAAGAUGCUCAAAACUACGUGGACUCCAUAUUUCUUUACCUGUCUGUGAAGAUACACCUGGUUUGCUAGUUGACUGGUUCCCAAAUCUGGAAGAACUAUCUUUGGAAGUGCAGGAAGACAUGCAAAUUCAACCCAUAAGCCAAUUAAAACAAUUGCAGUCGUUAGAACUAAAAAACAGUCCUACAAUUUCAUUAUCUUAUAUGGAUGAAAUUCUUCCUCUUCUUUCUUCUUGUGGCAAAAACCUUACCAGCUUGAGCUUAGAACGUUUUGAUUUAAUUGACCUUGCAAAAACCGCUACUUACUGCCCAAAUCUAAGGUCCUUCAGUGCCCAAUGGUUCACCAUUUUAAGUACAAGUGUCGGUAGAGGUUCAAAAAAACAGUUCUUUAAUCUGAGGUAUCUUCGUCUAAGACCCAGGGUCAACAGAAGAGUGACCCCUGAAGCUUGCGAACUUCUCUUGACCAACAGCCAGUGCCUUAAACAUUUGGAAUUUUACUGCAGCUAUGGACUAACAGACACUCUUGUCAAUAAAUUGCUCAAAACGAAUAAAUUCACGCAGCUUAGAAAUCUUCUUUUGCGUCAUGGUCAUGGACUUUCUUCGAAUGGCAUCCUGCAGCUCACUAGAGCCGCACAAAAUCUUCGCAUUUGGGAUGUUGGUAUGAUCACUUCCAAACAAAUCGAUACGUGAAUUCCUAUAAGUUCAAUAACCCCCGGUGUAAAUUGUGAAGAAUAAUUUCAACUAGUCAUUAAAUAUGCAGCACUGCCAAAGAACUUAGUGAACUUAAGUAAACUUGAUUAAGUGCGAAUUUGAGAUUCUGAACCAAGUUCCGUUAUUACAAAUGUGUGCCUAGUGGAUUAAUUGUGAUUUGAAGCUAAAAUGCCAUAUUUAAACAGAACUUGAACAUUCUAUCAUCAACAUUCCGGUGUAAAUAAUAUUCCAUGUCCAUUUUUUUGUAAAAUCAG